CUUGGAGGUAAAGGGAUCCCCUUUGGAACGUGUGUGUCGGCUGGCGUCUCUGUUCUGAGUGUCUGUUUUCGGUGAUGCGCGCUUUCGGUUUGCAGCUGUCCUCUCAGACCGUGAGGACUGGAGGACUGUGAUCAGCAGACGUGCUAGGAGGAUCCCAGGCUGCCGCCCUGGGGGACGCCCCGGGAGGUGGGGAGAGCCAGGGACGCCUGGUGGUCUCCUACUGUCAGUCGGAGAACCAAGUUCUGUUGUUGAAGCGAAAGCUUCCCCCUCCGCGGCCGUCCGACUCUUUUGCCUGCUUGUGGAAGACGCGGACGGGUCGCGUGUGUCUGGAUCUGUUGGUUUCUGUUUCGUGUGUCUUUGUCUUGUGGGUCCUUGUCUACAGUUUUAAUAUGGGACAGACGGUGACGACCCCCCUUAGUUUGACUCUCGACCAUUGGACUGAAGUUAAAUCCAGGGCUCAUAAUUUGUCAGUUCAGGUUAAGAAGGGACCCUGGCAGACUUUCUGUGCCUCUGAAUGGCCGACAUUUGAUGUUGGAUGGCCAUCAGAGGGGACCUUUAAUUCUGAGAUUAUCUUGGCUGUUAAAGCAAUUAUUUUUCAGACUGGACCCAGCUCCCAUCCCAAUCAGGAGCCCUAUAUUCUUACGUGGCAAGAUUUGGCAGAAAGCCCCCCGCCGUGGGUUAAGCCCUGGCUAAAUAAACCAAGAAAGCCAGGUACCCAAAUUCUGGUUCUUGGAGAGAAAAACAAACACUCGGCCGAAAAAAUCAAAUCCUCUCCUAGUAUCUACCCCGAGAUUGAGGAGCCGCCGACUUGGCCGGAACCCCAACCUGUUCCCCCACCCCCUUAUCUGGCACAGGGGGCUGCGGGGGGACCCUCUGCCCCUCCUGGAGCCCCAGCGGCGGAGGGACCUGCUGCCGGGACUCGGAGUCGGAGAGGCGCUACCCCGGAGCAGACAGACGAGGUCGUGACAUUACCGCUGCGCACCUAUGGCCCUCCCAUGCCGGGGGGCCAAUUGCAGCCCCUCCAGUAUUGGUCCUUUUCUUCUGCAGAUCUCUAUAAUUGGAAAACUAACCAUCCCCCUUUCUCGGAGGGUCCCCAACGCCUCAUGGGGUUGGUGGAGUCCCUUAUGUUCUCUCACCAGCCUUCUUGAGAUGAUUGUCGACAGCUGCUGCAGACACUCUUCACAACCGAGGAGCGAGAGAGAAUUCUGUUAGAGGCUAGAAAAAAUGUUCCUGGGGCCGACGGGCGACCCACGCAGUUGCAAAAUGAGAUUGACAUGGGAUUUCCCUUGACUCGCCCCGGUUGGGACUACAACACGGCUAAAGGUAGGGAGAGCUUGAAAAUCUAUCGCCAGGCUCUGGUGGCGGGUCUCCGGGGCGUCACUAAUUUGGCUAAGGUAAGAGAGGUGAUGCAGGGACCGAACGAACCUCCCUCGGUAUUUCUUGAGAGGCUCAUGGAAGCCUUCAGGCGGUUCACCCCUUUUGAUCCUACCUCGGAGGCCCAGAAAGCCUCAGUGGCCCUGGCCUUCAUAGGGCAGUUGGCCCUGGACAUCAGAAGAAAACUUCAGAGACUAGAAGGGUUACAGGAGGCUGAGUUACCUGAUCUAGUGAAGGAGGCAGAGAAAGUGUAUUACAAAAGGGAGACAGAAGAGGAAAGGGAACAAAGAAAAGAAAGAGAGAAAGAGGAAAGGGAGGAAAGACGUGAUAGACGGCAAGAGAAGAAUUUGACUAAGAUCUUGGCCGCAGUGGUUGAAGGAAAGAGCAGUAGGAGAGAGAGAGAUUUUAGGAAAAUUAGGGCAGGCCCUAGACAGUCAGGGAACCUGGGCAAUAGGACCCCACUCGAUAAGGACCAGUGUGCAUAUUGUAAAGAAAAAGGACACUGGGCAAGGGACUGCCCCAAGAAGGGAAACAAAGGACCGAAGGUCCUAGCUCUGGAAGAAGAUAAAGAUCUGGCCAACUUCAGGAUCCAACACCCCCAGGUGACCCUCCUCCAGUACGUGGAUGACCUGCUUCUAGCGGGAGCCACCAAACAGGACUGUUUAGAAGGUACGAAGGCACUACUACUGGAAUUGUCUGACCUAGGCUACCGAGCCUCUGCUAAAAAGGCCCAGAUUUGCAGGAGAGAGGUAAUAUACUUGGGGUACAGUUUGCGGGACGGGCAGCGAUGGCUGACGGAGGCACGAAAGAGAACUGUAGUCCAGAUACCGGCCCCAACCAUAGCCAAGCAAGUGAGAGAGUUUUUGAGGACAGCUGGAUUUUGCAGACUGUGGAUCCUGGGGUUUGCGACCUUAGCAGCCCCACUCUACCCGCUAACCAAAAAAAAAAAAGGGGGGGGGGAAUUCUCCUGGGCUCCUGAGCACCAGAAGGCAUUUGAUGCUAUCAAAAAGGCCCUGCUGAGCACACCUGCUCUGGCCCUCCCUGAUGUAACUAAACCCUUUACUCUUUAUGUGGAUGAGCGUAAGGGAGUAGCCCAGGGAGUUUUAACCCAAUCCCUAGGACCUUGGAGGAGACCUGUUGCCUACCUGUCAAAGAAGCUCGAUCCUGUAGCCAGUGGUUGGCCCGUAUGCCUGAAGGCUUUCGCAGCUGUGGCCAUACUGGUCAAGGACGCUGACAAAUUGACUUUGGGACGGAAUAUAACUAUAAUAGCCCCCCAUGCGUUGGAGAACAUCGUCCGGCAGCCCCCAGACCGAUGGAUGACCAAUGCCCGCAUGACCCGCUAUCAAAGCCUGCUUCUCACAGAGAGGGUCACGUUCACUCCACCAGCCGCCCUCAACCCUGCCACUCUUCUGCCUGAAGAGACCGAUGAACCAGUGACUCAUGAUUGCCAUCAACUGUUGAUUGAGGAGACUGGGGUCCGCAAGGAUCUUACAGACAUCCCGCUGACUGGAGAAGUGCUGACCUGGUUCACUGAUGGGAGCAGCUAUGUGGUGGAAGGUAAGAGGAUGGCUGGGGCGGCAGUGGUGGAUGGGACCCGCACGAUCUGGGCCAGCAGCCUGCCGGAAGGAACUUCAGCACAAAAGGCUGAGCUCGUGGCCCUCACGCAAGCCUUGCGGCUGGCCGAAGGGAAAUCCAUGAACAUUUAGGCGGAUAGCAGGUAUGCAUUUGCGACUGCACACGUGCACGGGGCUAUCUAUAAACAGAGGGGGUUACUUACCUCAGCAGGGAGGGAAGUCAAGAAUAAAGAGGAAAUUCUGAGCUUAUUAGAGGCCCUACAUUUGCCAAAAAGGCUAGCCAUCAUACAUUGCCCUGGGCAUCAGAAAGCCAGAGAUCUCAUCUCCGAAGGAAACCAGAUGGCUGACCAGGUCGCCAAGCAGGCAGCCCAGGGUGUUAACCUACUACCUAUAAUAGAGACGUCCAAAGCCCCAGAACCCGGACGGCAGUGCACCCUAGAAGACUGGCAAGAAAUAAAAAAGAUAGAACGGUUCUCUGAGACCCCAGAGGGGAUUUGCUGCACCCCAGAAGGGAAGGAAAUCCUGCCCCACAAAGGGUUGGAAUACGUCCAACAGAUGCAUCGUCUAACCCACCUAGGAGCUAAGCAUCUGCAGCAGUUAGUCAGAACAUCCCCCUAUCAUGUUCUGAAAUUACCAGGAGUGGCUGACUCGGUGGUCAAACAUUGUGUGCCCUGCCAGCUCGUUAAUGCUAAUCCUUCCACGAUACCUCCGGGAAAGAGACUAAGGGGAAGCCACCCAGGCGCUCACUGGGAAGUGGACUUCACUGAGGUAAAGCCGGCUAAAUACGGAAACAAAUAUCUAUUGGUUUUUGCAGACACUUUUUCAGGAUGGGUCGAGGCUUAUCCUACUAAGAAAGAGACUUCAAGCGUGGUGGCUAACAAUAUUGGAGGAAAUUUUUCCGAGAUUUGGAAUACCUAAGGUAAUAGGGUCAGACAAUGGUCCAGCUUUUGUUGCCCAGGUGAGUCAAGGACUGGCCAAGAUAUUGGGGAUUGAUUGGAAACUGCAUUGUGCAUACAGACCCCAAAGCUCAGGACAGGUAGAGAGGAUGAAUAGAACCAUAAAAGAGACCCUUACCAAAUUGACCUCAGAGACUGGCAUUAAUGAUUGGAUAGCUCUCCUGCCCUUUGUGCUCUUCAGGGUUAGGAACACCCCUGGACAGUUUGGGCUGACCCCCCCGUUGGUAGAAAUUGCCUCUGUACAUAGUGCUGAUGUGCUGCUU